AUGGUGGACGGAAAGUCGAUCAUUUCGAUUGCGCCCGACGCCAAGGUCGCCAUCAUCUCCGCCUUACUUAAGCAUCCUGACGACCUGUCCAACCUGAGCUCGAUUCGCCAAAAGCUCAUCCGCGAGAAGGCCAUUGUCGACCAGCAGCUCAAAAUUGGUGUCCAGAACCAGAUGGAGGAAACUAAGGAAGCCCUGGAUAUUCUUGGGACGACAAAGGAACAAGUGUUGGGAAUUCGCGCCAACAUGAAAAAUAUCGACUCGCUUUGUAAGGACGCCCAGGGUUUGAUCAAGGACUAUCCGCGUAUCCGCAAGAUUUCCCAAACGCACCAGAACUUUGUUGCAACACAGUCAUUGGUCAACAACUUCCAGGAGCUGCAUCAGGAUCUAGACAGGAUCAAGUCAAUGAUGAAAGAGGAUAAGAGGAACAUCCUUGGACCCGCGCCAAACUUGCUCAUGGUUCAUUACCAAUUGUACAAACUGGAGCAGCUCCGCGACAAAACCCUUUACAUGGCUAGGGACGAGCCACUGGACGUCAAGGUCACACUCAAGGAGUACUUUGGCCGACUAGACCAGGUCAUCCAGGAGUUCGAGGAGUAUCUAUGGGAAUUGACGCGCAAUAUGAUUGACCUCAUCAAGAGCAAGCAAGGAUCAGUUAUCGUCCGUCUCAUCAAGAUUAUCGAGAGUGAGGAGAGUGCCGACGCCAAAGCCGUCACCCUUACCACCAAAUCCGAGCACCGUGGAUCUCGCCAGGGACUCGGGGGCAAAAAGACGGACAAAGCACCACGGACGGUCAAAUCGCUGCGAAGCAAGUUCCUUGAUAUCCUUCACGACGAGGUCUCUCGCAAGUUCAAUAUCUUGCUCGAGAGAGUCGAUAGCGAGCCGUUGGAGUGUCUCGAAGCCACCGAUUUUGUCUUCCCGGACUUGGCGCUUGUAUACGAUGAUCUGGUUCCUCGGUCACCCUCCAACUACAAGAUCUUCCCAUUCCUCGUUAUUGAAUAUCACCGCCAUGUAUAUGAGCUCGUCAACAAGAUCGUGAAUUCACCAGAUCUAGACGGCGGCCGUAUUCUUCAUCUUCUGAGAUGGGUCCGAGAAUACUAUGCCAGCAUGAACCACCAAUUGGGCGUGACCGAGGAGUUGUUGGAGCCUCAGCUGCUGGAUGGUAACGAACAGGGGUUGCUGGAUGAAUACCUCAAACUUGUCCGGACCAAUCUCAUCAAGUGGACCAACAACAUGAUGGCUACUGCAACAGCCGAAUUUGUCGAGCGACAGACUGCACCCGAAAAGGACUCUGACAAACUAUACCACAUGCAGACUGCCAACCUGCUCUUCGAGAUGGUGAAUCAACAGGUUACGUUGGCAGCAGAUUCUCAGCAGAGCACAGUGAUGGAACAGGUAGUCCGGGAGUGCAUACAGGUCAUCAAGGACUACCAAAAGAAAUGGAAGGAACUGACUACGGCAGAGAUGAGAAAGCAGAUGGACUCGCCAGGGACCGCUCCGGCUGGGUUGGCAGAGUACAUCAUGGCUGCGACCAACGACCAAAUCAAAUGCGCCGAGUUUGCAGACGCAUUGUUGAUCAGGAUAGAGAAGGACAACAUGAUUAAGAACCGCAAGAACUUUGAGGCGGCCAGAGAUCUGUUGAACGAGACCAUGGACGAUUUCUUUGACGUGGCAACACACGGCGCCAACGCGCUCUUGGACCUCGCCUUCAAUGAUGUCAAGGAGCCCCUCAGCAAACUGCACACGUCCUCAUGGUACGACGAUGAUCCUAUGGGACUCAUUAUUGCGACACUCAAGGACUACAAUGACGAUUUCAGGAUACAUUUGAACGACUACAUGUUUAACAAGCUGGUAGACUGGAUGCUGGAGCGACUGAUGAUUGCCCAGAUUGAUGCACUUCGUAAUAAGGGCGCAAAACUCAAGUUCCCGAUCUGCGAGGAUCGUCUGCAGCAGGACCGCGCUGCUGUAUUCAACUUUUUUGUGCAAUACAAGCCAAUCAACGAUCUGGAGCAAGACUUUGAUGCGAUCGAAAAGCUGCACAAGUUUACUUGUAGCACCAAGAUGGCGGCCUAUCUCAACUUUUAUUCGAUGAAGCGCAUUUAUCACGAUCUGCCGCUGACUCUCGUGGAAGAUAUUUUGGGACGGAGGGAUGAUCUGGAUCGGUCGAGCAUCAAGGAAAUCAUGGACCCAAUCAAAGAGAAGUUCAAAGAUAAGGAUCCGAUCGAUGCAGCACGUUCACCCACCGUCUUUAGCAAAGUCAAGCAGUAA